CUUGUAGAAUCAUCUAAACCCUUUAUAUAGUAGUAGCUCCAGUACUAGGACCAGGGCUUUAAGAGCUGAGAGUGGUGAGGAUUAGUGGUCUCAACCGCCAAAGCCAACCGAGAGCCGCCGCCGGCGUCGUCUUCUUCUUCGUCUUCUCUUUCUUGUGCAUUUGGAGGAUCACAGGGACAAAUAAAAACGUGUCAAAAUGGUGAAGUUCACAGCUGAAGAGCUUCGUAAGAUUAUGGACUUGAAGCAUAACAUUCGUAACAUGUCUGUUAUUGCUCAUGUCGACCAUGGGAAAUCUACUCUUACGGACUCCCUUGUUGCUGCUGCUGGUAUCAUUGCCCAAGAAGUUGCUGGUGAUGUUAGAAUGACAGAUACUCGUGCUGAUGAAGCUGAGCGAGGUAUUACCAUCAAGUCCACUGGUAUCUCACUGUACUACGAGAUGUCUGAUGAGGCUCUGAAGAACUACAAGGGAGAACGACAAGGGAAUGAGUACCUGAUCAAUCUUAUUGAUUCUCCCGGCCACGUUGACUUCUCGUCUGAAGUCACGGCUGCUCUUCGUAUCACUGAUGGAGCACUUGUUGUGGUUGAUUGUGUCGAAGGUGUGUGUGUUCAAACAGAAACUGUCCUGAGGCAAGCACUAGGUGAAAGGAUUCGACCAGUCUUGACGGUAAAUAAGAUGGAUAGGUGUCUCCUUGAGCUCCAGGUUGAUGGAGAAGAAGCUUACCAGACAUUCCAAAGAGUCAUUGAGAAUGCAAAUGUUAUCAUGGCUACAUACGAAGAUCCCCUCCUGGGUGAUGUCCAGGUCUACCCGGAGAAAGGUACAGUUGCUUUUUCUGCUGGGUUGCAUGGUUGGGCUUUUACUCUUACCAACUUUGCCAAGAUGUAUGCCUCCAAAUUUGGUGUUGAUGAGUCCAAGAUGAUGGAAAGGCUCUGGGGGGAGAAUUUCUUUGACCCUGCAACCAGAAGAUGGACCACCAAAAAUACUGGCUCCCCCACCUGCAAGCGUGGUUUUGUUCAGUUCUGUUAUGAACCUAUCAAACAGAUAAUUAACACCUGCAUGAAUGAUCAGAAAGAUAAGCUGUGGCCUAUGUUGCAGAAGUUGGGUGUCACCAUGAAGUCUGAAGAGAGAGAGUUGAUGGGGAAGGCCCUGAUGAAGCGAGUAAUGCAGACCUGGCUUCCUGCCAGUAAUGCUCUUCUGGAAAUGAUGAUCUUCCAUCUCCCAUCUCCUUCUAAAGCUCAAAGGUAUCGCGUUGAGAACUUAUAUGAAGGACCUCUUGAUGAUCCUUACGCUAAUGCUAUAAGAAAUUGUGAUCCUGAGGGACCUCUUAUGCUCUAUGUUUCCAAGAUGAUUCCAGCAUCUGAUAAGGGUAGAUUUUUUGCUUUUGGUCGUGUAUUCUCUGGCAAGGUCUCAACUGGUUUGAAGGUAAGAAUUAUGGGUCCCAACUAUGUCCCUGGAGAGAGAAAGGACUUGUAUGUUAAGAAUGUACAGAGAACUGUUAUUUGGAUGGGUAAGAAGCAGGAAACUGUCGAGGAUGUGCCAUGUGGGAAUACUGUAGCUAUGGUAGGUUUGGAUCAAUUUAUCACCAAGAAUGCCACUUUGACCAAUGAGAAGGAAGUUGAUGCUCAUCCUAUCAGAGCAAUGAAGUUCUCUGUGUCACCUGUUGUGCGCGUGGCCGUGCAGUGCAAGGUUGCAUCAGACCUUCCCAAGCUGGUUGAAGGUUUAAAACGUUUGGCAAAAUCCGACCCUAUGGUUGUAUGUACUAUUGAGGAGUCUGGGGAACAUAUUAUUGCUGGUGCAGGAGAGCUUCACCUUGAAAUAUGUUUGAAGGAUUUGCAAGAAGAUUUCAUGGGUGGUGCUGAAAUUUCAAAGUCUGAUCCAGUUGUGUCCUUCCGUGAGACUGUACUAGAAAAAUCUUGCCGUGUUGUUAUGAGCAAGUCACCCAACAAGCACAAUCGCCUUUACAUGGAAGCCAGGCCCAUGGAGGAUGGUCUUGCUGAGGCCAUUGAUGAUGGGCGUAUUGGUACAAGAGACGAUCCAAAGAAUCGCGCUAAGAUUUUGUCUGAAGAGUUCGGGUGGGACAAGGACCUUGCGAAGAAAAUUUGGUGCUUUGGUCCUGAGACUACUGGCCCCAACAUGGUGGUUGAUAUGUGUAAGGGAGUACAAUACCUGAAUGAAAUUAAAGAUUCUGUUGUUGCUGGAUUCCAGUGGGCUUCCAGGGAAGGUGCAUUGGCUGAAGAAAACAUGAGGGGCAUAUGCUUUGAAAUUCGUGAUGUUGUCCUUCAUGCUGAUGCAAUUCACAGAGGUGGAGGUCAGGUUAUUCCCACCGCUAGAAGGGUUAUAUAUGCUUCCCAGCUUACUGCGAAGCCGCGGCUUUUGGAACCUGUUUAUUUGGUAGAGAUCCAAGCUCCUGAGCAAGCUCUUGGUGGCAUUUACAGUGUUCUGAACCAGAAACGGGGACAUGUGUUUGAGGAAUUGCAGAGGCCCGGUACACCACUUUACAACAUUAAGGCAUAUCUUCCCGUCAUUGAGUCGUUUGGGUUCUCAAGUAGCUUGAGAGCUGCUACUUCAGGCCAGGCUUUCCCACAAAGUGUGUUUGAUCACUGGGACAUGAUACCAUCUGAUCCAUUGGAAUCUGGAACCCAAGCAGCUCAGCACGUUGCUGUUAUUCGCAAGAGAAAGGGUUUGAAGGAGCAGAUCACCCCACUCUCUGACUAUGAGGAUAAACUGUAAGGUGAUUUGGAAGCGAGUAUAGUAGCAUGUCAACUCGGAGACUAUACUUUUAUUUUGUUUUAACAAUUUGCACUUAUCCUGAAGUCCUGCAGGUUGCUUUACUUUUACAUGCCUAUAGCGACAAGAGAGUCUUUUGAUUUUAAAA